AUGGUCAAAAGGUCAAAUCCUCCAACGCCAAAAAAGAAAGUUCCAAAGGCUCCAAAGGCUCCAAAAGUCGUAAAACAAAGCAAUAAUUAUUGCAGAAGAUGUGAGCAAAAUGAUGAAUAUCUCGACGUCAUUAAUGAUCGAAUUGAAACAUUAGAAAGUUUGGUAAACAAGUUAACCAAUACGGAAAUAUACAAUAAUAAUAUAUCUAAACCUUUGUCCAAUAUUGGAAUAGAGAAUCUUGUUAAUUUAUCUAAUCAAAUUCAUAUCGAGCUAUUUCAAAGAUUUGAGAUGCACAAUCAAUUGCAAUUACAAACUCAGAUUGCAACUCCUAUAACUAAGUUAACACCGCCUCAAUCUAUUAAUCAGUGUUAA